AUGGAUCCAUUCUCACAAGAUGACUUGUUCAAUGUGUUUGGAACAUCCACCAAUCAACAACAAUCAAAAAAGAGAACACUAGAAGAAUCAAUAAAAAUUGCUGAGCGUGAUGUUGAACUGAGAGAAAAUAAGAAAUUAAAGCCUGUCAUUGUUGAUAUCACUUCAUCGGAGGAAACUUCGGAAACAUCAUUACCUGAAGAAGCUUUAUACAUACCAACACCAACAAUUAUUGAUGAUUCUACACAACUUACAAGAACCACAAGUACACCAACAAUUGUUUCUGUGAAUAAUUCUGCAUCAAAAUCUAUUGGUAAAUUAGGUGAGAAGAACGAUUGUUUACACGAAAUUGCUCUACCUCCAAAUUAUUCUAUUAAUUCCCAGACAGGAGUGGGUAGUGUUGAUGGUUCGGAAGUUUCAAGUAAUGUUUUAUCGAAUCCAAGCGAAAUUGUUAAUUUUAUGAUGGAACAAAAAACACAGGUUGAAUUAGGAUUAAAACAAGCUGCAAAGGAAUACCCAUUUACUCUUGAUGCAUUUCAAAGACAAGCCGUUCGUGCCAUUGAAUUAUCACAAAGUGUUCUUGUCAGUGCCCACACUAGUGCUGGUAAAACAGCAGUAGCCGAAUAUGCUAUUGCAAAGUCAUUAAAGGAUGGAAGCAGAGUCAUCUAUACAUCACCUAUUAAAGCUUUAUCAAAUCAGAAAUUCAGAGAAUUACAAGAAGAAUUUACAGAUGUUGGACUUAUGACUGGUGACGUUACUAUCAAUCCUAACUCUAGUUGUAUAGUUAUGACAACAGAAAUUUUGAGAAGUAUGCUCUAUAGAGGAUCUGAAAUUUUGAAUGAAGUGCAAUGGGUUAUUUUCGAUGAAGUUCACUAUAUGCGUGAUAAGGAGAGAGGUGUAGUUUGGGAAGAAACUUUAAUUUUACUUCCAAAUUCUGUUAAAUAUGUCUUCUUAUCUGCUACAAUGCCAAACGCAACAGAAUUUGCUGGUUGGAUUGCAAAAUUGAAAGGACAACCAGUUCAUGUGGUUUACACAGACUACAGACCAACACCAUUACAACAUUAUAUUUAUCCUGUUGGUGGACAGGGAAUACACUUGGUUGUAGAUAAACAUACAUUCAAACAAGAUAAUUGGAAAAAGGCAGUUGAAGAAUUGAAUAAUGCAUCAAAAAAUGUGACAUCUGGUGGAUCAGGGUCAGGAAAUGUAAACAGUUCAGGAAAAGUGAGUGGUGGAGAUCGUAAAAAGAGAGUCGACACAUCUCUUGUUAAAUUGGUAAAUAUGAUUAUGAAGAGAAAUUUCCAACCAGUCAUUGUUUUCAGUUUUUCCAGAAAAGAAUGUGAAACAAGAGCUGUCUCUCUCUCCAAGUCCAAUUUCAAUGACGAGGAAGAAAUGAGUUUGGUUGCAGAGGUAUUUAAUAAUGCUAUUGAUUCUUUAUCUGAUGAAGAUCGUAAAUUACCACAAGUAGAAACAAUGUUACCACUAUUACAGAAAGGUAUUGGAGUUCACCAUUCUGGAUUGUUACCAAUUAUGAAGGAAGUUAUUGAAAUUCUAUUCCAGGAAGGUUUAAUCAAAGUUUUAUUUGCCACAGAGACAUUUGCUAUGGGAUUGAACAUGCCUGCAAAAACUGUUUUGUUUACAGGUAUUGAAAAGUAUGAUGGUCAAAUCACCAGACGUUUAACUUCAGGUGAAUAUAUUCAGAUGAGUGGCCGUGCUGGUCGUAGAGGUUUGGAUGACAAAGGUAUUGUUAUUUUAAUUAUGGACGAUCCAGAUUUGAGAGAGGAAGAUGCCAAACAACUUAUGAAUGGUAUUGCUGAUUGCUUAAACUCUUCAUUCCAUUUGAGCUAUUACAUGGUGCUUAACUUGUUGAGAGUAGAAGAAAUUACUCCGGAGUAUAUUAUGGAAAGAUCAUUUUUCCAAUACCAAUCUGAAAAGAAACGACUUGCUUUUGAACAAACAUUGAAUGAAACAAUUGUAAAGAGAGAUUCAAUGAAGAUUGAAAAUGAGCCACAAUUAUCAUCCUACUAUAACAUGAAAAAAGAAUUGGAAAACGAGUACAAUAAUUUGAGAAAACUCAUUACAACACCUAAAUAUUCAAUUCCUGUACUUAGUGCAGGUCGCCUUUUAAGAAUUAAUGGCUUUGGUUGGGGUAUUUUGAUCAAGUUUACCAAGAAGAAACACGCAGAAAAAUUGCAAAUUAACCAAACUAAAUCUUCAGACUACUUGAUUGAUAUUUUACUGCCAUCACAUCCAGAUAAGCCAAAUGAGCCAUACCCUGUUAAGGAAUACAAAAAGUCUUUAGAGCCAAAGCCAAUAAUCAAGACAUUAUCAGUUGACUUGAUUGAAUGUUACAGCUCUGUUAAAGUUUACUUGUCUAAGGAAAUGAAGUCCAGGCCAGAUGCAAACUCUGGAGAAGCUAAAUCUACUAUUUUAAAGCUUUUGGAAACAAUUUCAAGAUUCAAAUCUCAACCUACCACCGAAACGACUGAUGGUAUGAUGAGUAUUGAUAAAUUGUCUGUUUACAAGUAUGGAGACGUACCAAGACUAGAUUUGGUUGAAGAAAUGGGUAUUGCAAGAGCUCAGGUUAAAAAUGUAGUAGAUACCAUUCAACAAUUGGAAUCAAGAUUAUCCUAUAGUCCAUUUUAUCAAUAUGAACUUAAUGCUUCAAAUGGAAAUGCUUCAAAAGAUGAUAUUAAUUACAAGAAUCAAAUUGCUCUCUUUGAAAGCAAAUUAGAAAUCGAAAAUGAAAUUGAAGCUCUUAAGAAACAAAUUAAAACAACUGGUCAAGUGGUUAUGAAGGAGGAACUCAAGAAUAUGAUGCGUGUAUUAAGAAGGUUAGGUUUUGCCACGGAAGAUAACGUAAUUACAGCAAAAGGUAGAGUUGCCUGCGAAUUGAGCAGCGCAGAUAGUUUAGUUAUUACUGAAAUGAUUUAUAAUGGUGCAUUUUCUGAUUUAACUCCAGAACAAUGUAUUGCAGUCUUAUCAUGUUUUGCUUCUGAAGUUACAUCCUCUCAAAACAGACAAGAUGAUAAAGACGCCCUAGUUGAUGAAUUGAAAAAACCUUAUGAAGAGUUAGAAAAAGCAGCUAGAAGAGUUGCUGAAGUAUCAAUCGAGUCAAAAUUAGAGUUGGAUACCGACAAGUAUUUACAAUCGUUCCCUUGUAAUAUGAUGAAUUUAACAUUUGCCUGGUGCAACGGUGCCAAGUUUGUAGAUAUUUGUAAAAUGACAGAGAUUUUUGAAGGAUCUAUUGUAAGAUCAAUGAGACGAUGUGAAGAAAUUGUAAGACAAAUGUGUGCUGCUGCUAAGGCCAUAGGUGAAGAAACUAUUGAAAAGAAAUUAUUGAUUGGUUUGGAGAAAAUGAGACGUGACAUUGUUUUCAGUAGUUCCCUUUAUUUGUAAAUAAAAGCUAAAGCCUAUUCAAUGUUUUUAG